CAUCUCGCGGAGAGGCACUGCUGGGGCACGGGGGCUCUGCCAGGCGUUGAUUUUGAUGGGUCUCAGUAACAGGGAGGACAGGAUGGAGGAGAUGUGGGGCCGAUGGUGCUGGUCCCCUGACGCCCGGGGGACGGGUGCUCCCGUAGUCAGAGUUGCUUCCUGGGCCCGUACCACAUGAGACAUGCACUUUAUCGUCUGCAUUCACCUUUUUGAGACAGCGGCAGCUUUUGGCGGGGUUCUUUCCAUUUGCUCUCCCUGCAAACCUGGCUUUGUCUGUAAUCUCUAGCUUCUGUUCCUUUCCCAUUCAUUGCUUAAGAGUCUUGUUUUCUCCGUGCUUCUCUGGCUUGUUGAUCUUUCUAGUGAUCGUGACAUGAGUUUUCUUAGGACUUCCUUUAGGAGUUUUCUAGGGGUUGCAGGUGUACCAUCUUGCAACUUCCAUUUUGGAGUUUACUUAGUUACCGGGCAGUCUCCGACGUUGGAGUGUCUUGCCUGACGGCGCUUCAUGUGCUUGAUAAGCAGCACAAUGACGUCCCCCUGUGCUCUGAACGGGACAUGCCGACAGGCCUGCUGGGAACAGGACUUCUAUAAGGACCAAUAUGUCUGGAAGGCUGUGGUCCAAGGCCAUUUUUGCUGGCUAUAAGCGGGGUCUCCGGAACCAGAGGGAGCACACGGCGCUUCUUAAAAUUGAAGGUGUUUAUGCUCGAGAUGAAACAGAAUUCUAUCUAGGCAAGAGAUGUGCUUACGUGUACAAAGCAAAGAACAACACGGUGACUCCUGGUGGCAAACCAAACAAAACCAGAGUAAUCUGGGGAAAGGUAACUCGUGCUCAUGGAAACAGUGGAAUGGUUCGUGCUAAAUUCCGAAGCAACCUUCCUGCUAAGGCUAUUGGACACAGAAUCCGUGUAGUAAGUACAAUUAUAAGCAAAAUACUUGUUGAGUCAAACUAAGGUCAAGGUGUUGGACUUUGGUCUCUAAGAACUUUUGUGAUUAUAAAAUAUUACUAGUAAGAUUAUGCUACAGAAUUAGUGGCUCCUGUGUAAAUGUAUUAUGGAACAUAAAAUAAAUGACAUUAGAAGGAAAGUGAAGGCACAGUUUUCGAGUGAAUUAUGCCUAGAUUUCAGAUUUUGCUUAAGCUUUGUGGAGGGAAAUAAUAUUUAAAUGAAUAAUUUUCUGCCUUGGCUAGUGUGGCUUGGUUGGAGCAUCAUUCGGGCACCAAAAGGUAGUAGGUUCAAUUCCCAGGUUUGGGGUUCUAUGCCUGGUUGGGGCAUUGUGCAGAAGGCAGUACAUAGAUGUUUCUCUCUGUGUGUCCCCUCCCUUUCCUCUAAAAAAAUCAGUAAAAUAAAAUAACAAAUUUCUGGCAAAGACAUGUAUUGGACAUUAAAGAAGUGGCUAGGAAGUUAAAAAUCAACAUACCGCCCUAACCAGUCUGGCUCAGUGAAUAGAGUGUCGGCCUGCGGACUGAAGGGUCCCAGGUUUGAUUCCAGUCAAGGGCCUGUACCUUGGUUGCGGGCACAUCCCCAGGAGGGGUAUGCAGGAGGCAGCUGAUCGAUGUUUCUCUGUCAUCAAUGUUUCUAACACUAUCCCUCUCCCUUCCUCUCUGUAAAAAAUCAAUAAAAUAUAUUUUUAAAAACUAAAUAAAAAAACACCAUACCAUUUAUUGGCAUAAUUCUUAAUAUUUUCCCAUCUUUUCAUUAUGACAGUUUUAUUAGAUUAGGUGUUAAUUUUAUUUUGUGGAAGAAAAUUGAUGUUUGUUUUUGUUAAUCCUCACCAGAUUUUUAAAAAUUUAUUUUCAUUGAUUUCAGAGAGGGAAAGAGAGAUAGAAACAUCAAUGAUGAGAAUCAUUGAUGGGCUGCCUCCUACAGGCCCCACACUGGGGAUCAAGCAGGAAACCUGGGCAUGUGCCCUGACUGGUUCAAAGGUCGAUGCUCAACAACUGAGCAAUGCGGGCUGGGCCCACAAAAUGUUUAUUUUUAGACAGAAUGGAUGGGGUGGGGGCGGGUGGAGAGGCCCUGGCUGGUUUGGCUCAGUGGAUUGAGCAGUGGGCCUGUGGAAGGAUCCUGGAUUUGAUUCCCGGUCAAGGGCACAUGCCUGGGUUGCAGGCUUGGUCCUCAAUGGGAAGGCAGCCGAUUGUUAUCAUUGAUAUUUCUCUUCCUUUCCCUUUCUCUCUGAAAUUAACAAAAACAUAUAAACAUUGCCUUCCUUACGCACCCUGACAGCACCCCAACCAGGAAUAGGGAAUGAACCCAAAGCCUUUCAAUGCAGUAGUUAGUAUCUAUUUUUCAUAGUCAUGGCCAUAGUCUUGGGUCACCUGGGGUACAUUGAACCCUGGUGAGCAGUUAGAGGUUUCUUAUCAAAGGAGGUUUUUUUGUUGUCAUUAGAAGAAGCAAAAUUAAAUGGACUUUAGGUAUUCCAGAAUGUUCCUUAAUCAAAACACGUUCACCUAAAAAUUGAAGGCCAUAAAAACUUGGUUCCUCCCCCUACCUACAUAUAAGUCAUUGGAUGCCUUUUAGAGAUGAGUAAUGGAACAAUGGGAGGACAUUUAUUCAUAUUGUGUUACUAAUGACAUUUGUAAAUUUGUAUAUAUAACAUGCACCUAAUGACAUUUUCUUUUCCCCCCCUUUAGAUGCUGUACCCCUCAAGGAUUUAAACACUGAAAAUAAAUAAAAUGGAUUUGUUUUCUUGUGUUUUGGUCAAA